UCUCCUUCCGUGUUCCCAACUUCCCACUCGCUAUAAGAACCAUCCCCGCCGAAAAUUCCACAUCCAAACCGUGAGCGGCGCAGCAAUCAGCACCCCACUAACUUUCCCCUUCCUCUCCUCUGUUUCUUGCGCUCGCCGUCGAUGGCCACCGAGGUGCUGCGCGCGCACAACAUCAUCCUGCCGCCGCAGAGGAUCCGGGCGUCGACGCACCGGAAGCCUAGCAGCACCGGCAACAGGAGGUCGCCGGCGGCGGGGGCUCGCACUCCCACGGCUGGCCGGAGACACCUAGGCAGGAAGACAGCAGCACCGGUGAAGCCGGCACCGGAGGUGUACGCCGGGCCGGCGUUCUCGGCAUCCCCCGAGCCGAGCUCGCUGCCGCUGCCGCAGUUCCCCGUCAAGAAGGCCGCCGCCGUUGUCGACGACGCCGCGACGCGCGACCUCAGGCGCAUCCUUCGGCUGGAGUAGUUGGUUAGCCCGAUAGCGAGCUUGCUCGCUUAGUUGGGCAUGGUGGCGUCGGUCUCUCUUUUAGCUCUUGUCAGUUUGCAGUAGACGUAUGAUCGAGCUGUAUGUUAGUUCUAGCUGCCCUCGUGGUGAGGGGUGCGCAGCUGCGGCGAGGCCUCCGGCUCAGUUUUAUUGUGUGGCCGGCGGCGAGGCACGCGGCGGCCGUGGACUCCCUACGCGACGGCGGUGUAGAAUGAGCGCAGCGCAGUACGUGACCGUGACGUUUUAUGUAACAGAUAGAAAAAUGUAUAGGAUGAUUAAGGGGUUCCUCGGUACAAAAGAGAGCCCCGAGGGUAAGAAAUUAAGAGUAGCUACAGUGCAGGGUUCGUUCAUCAAUAGAAAUAUCGAUGUUUCAAUUA